GCCUGCAUAGCAUUCGCGGCACGUGUUUGUUGAAUCGGAUCGAUAGUAAUUUUGUUCCAUUUCCUCGAUCAGUGAAAGAAUCCAGUUUCCACGAUGCCGAAAUCGAAGAGAGACAAAAAAAUUUCUCUCACUAAGACCAAUAAAAAGGGUCUAGUCUUGAAGCAGCGGAUCAUGGAGGAUGUCAAGAAAUGUGUGGAAGAGUACAGCCGUGUGUUCCUUAUUUCCAUUCAAAAUUCACGCAACACCAAGCUCCUCGAUUUACGCGACGAGUGGAAAGACAGUAAGCUUGUAUUCGGGAAGCUCAGGAUAAUUGCGCUGGGCCUGGGAAAGUCGCAGGAAACCGAGGUUGCGGAGGGCAUACAUAAAUUGGCCAACGCAAUGAAGAAUCACUCGAUGAGAGACCAAUGUGGUCUGUUGUUCACCAACAGACCAAAGAAGCAGGUAAUACAAUGGGCGAAGGAAUACGGAGAGAUGGAGUACGCCCGUUCUGGAUUUGUCACGCCCGAAACGGUGGAGCUGCCCGAAGGGCCCCUGCCGCAGUUCCAGCAUAGCAUGGAACCGCAGCUGAGGCAGCUGGGCUUGCCCACGUCGCUGCAAAAGGGAGUCGUCACUUUGGUCAAACCGUUCAAAGUUUGCCAGGCGGGCGACGCACUGACGCCGGAACAGGCGCAAAUCUUGAAACUCUUGGGUAGACCGCUGGCAGUUUUCAAACUGUUGCUUCUGGGAGUGUACACGAAGAAACAUGGUUUCGAGAAACUUGGGGUAUCAGAUGACACAAUGGAGAACGACGAGGAAGAAAUGAACGUGGAUAACAAUGAUGAUACAUGAAAUCUGUGUGUAUCGUAGCUUUAGAAUAAGAGCAACAUGUGUAUAUAGCUUUAUAUAUAAAUAAAUUUCCUUAUUUUUAA